GGGGAAGCAGAUAGGAGCUGUUUCCUUCUGGGAAGUGAGUUGAGUUGGAAGGUCAGCUGGGUACUUUCUCUGCCUCUCUGAGCUGGCAGGCUUUUUCCCCAGCAUCUGGCCCCUGGGUAUAACUGAAUGGCUGGGAUUUUUGGUUUUCAAGUAACAUUUUGGCUCUCUGACUUGUGGUAGGGGCCCCAGGGACACUAGGAGAUCACUCCUGCUGAGGACAACCUGAGAAGCCAUCAGAUCUGGUCCAGUGAGGUGCCUGGAGCCACAAGCAGCCAAGGGGAUGGAUGUAUUUCUUAUGAUCCGGUACAAGAAGACCACCAUCUUGACUGAUGCCAAGGAGUCGAGCACAGUGUUGGCGCUCAAGCGCAUCAUUGAGGGCAUCAUGAAGAGGCCUCCUGAGGAGCAGCUGCUGUUCAAGGACAACCAGCUCCUUGAUGAGAUGAAAACUCUGAGGGAAUGUGGCUUCACUAGUCAGGUAGCAAGGCCAGAGGCCCCUGCCACAGUGGGCCUGGCCUUCAGAACAGGAGAUGUCUUUGAAGGCCUGGAGAUCCACCCCUAUUCUCCUCCUCUAGAUCUUUUAGACCUGCUAAAGGCUUCUCAAAAUGAGGCUAAUGAACCACUUUUUGAUGAGGACCCUGCUAAUGAACCACUUUCCAAUGAGGACCCCGCUAAUGAACAAUUUUUCGAUGACGAACCCCCUAAUCAACAAUUUUUCCAUAACCUCCCUAAUCAAUUUUUUGAUGACGACCCCAUGUGCAACCACUAGAGGCUUAUUCCCUAAUUAAAAAAGAACAAAAACAAAACAAAACAAAAUGGCUGUCUUUUAAAAUAAAUAUUAAAUAACCCUAAAAGCACAAA